AUGGAUAAAGCCAAGCAAGCCGUUUCAGGAUUCCUCGCCAAGGAUGGAAAGCAUGACACCACUGUCCACGAGACCAUCAACCCAGCUGUCGUCAACGAGCACGUUACUCGUACUCAGUUGAAUGAGCAACAGACCGCCAUCGAUCGUGAGGUACACCAAGACCACUACCACACCUCUGUCCAGCCUGUCCAGGAUCGUGAGGUUCUCCCAGAGCAACACACCCACCAGAUGGCAGGUGUUGAGCACCGUGAAAUCAAGCACGGAAACGAUGAUCACGUCAAGCAGCGUCUUGCUGCCGAGGCUGCUCAAUUCAAGAACACCCGCGAGGUUGGUGAGGUUCAAACACAAACCGCUGCUGGUGCUACCGUCGCUGGUGAGCACGUUCACCACCACGUCCACGAGAACAUCCAGCCAGUGAUCCAAAAGGAGACCAUCCAGCCAUCUGUUGUCCACACCACCGUCCCAAUCCACGAGGUUCACCAGAACGAGGCCAAGCACCACACAGCCACUCAGCUUCCAGCUGUCAGCUUGAGCGAGUUCAAGAGCCAAGGAGGUCACCUCGGCGGUCGUGAGGAGCGUACAGAUGCUUUCCAGGGUGAGCCAAGAUCUGUUGGAGGAACUCUUGGUGGUAAGGGUGCUCACGGCACCACUUCUCUUACCGAGGAGGGUGCUGGUCGCCACGGACACUCUUCUACUACCGGACCACACAGCUCAAGCGCCAUGAACAAGGCAGACCCACGUGUGGACAGCGAUCUUGACGGAUCCCGAACUGUCGGUCAGACCGGCUCAAGCAACUACACCACCAGCGGAGCCCAGAACCCAUCAUCAGGUAUUGGAUCAACUUCAACAGCACCACGCACAACUGGAACUGGUGUCGGACACACCACAUCAAACACCACCCACGGGUCUCACGGAUCUGAGACUAAGCACAAGCCAAGUUUGAUGGAUAAGCUCAACCCAAAGGUUGAUGCUGAUGGAGAUGGAAAGGCUGGUUUCAUGAAAUGA